GCGGCAAACCUGCGUCGGAGAUGUAUUCCUCGUGGAUCCCCGUUCUGGGCUUGGCUACCAGCGCGAUCGCGAAGCUAACUUGGUCCAACACAGAGUACAUGUUCGUAUUCGGGGAUUCUUACACCACCGAUGGCUACAACGUUUCCGCGGGUGUGAACUCCGCGGUUCCAGGGUUUACGUCAUCAAACGGCCCGAACUGGGUACAGUUCUUGACGGGUACAUAUAACGUAACGAACACGAAGGUGUUCGAUCUGGCCUACGGAGGGGCUACCAUCGACUCGGCGCUGGUGCAACCCUAUCUGCCUACUGUCUUGUCAAUCGUGGACCAGGUCGAACAGUUCCACGAGAACCUUGCCGACAAGCCAGCUGGAGCUGAGUGGUCAAGCUCGAACAGUCUGUUCGCAUUUUGGAUUGGGAUCAACGACGUGGGAAAUUCCUAUGCUUGGACCAACAUCUCCACAACUGCUUUCAACAAGGUCCUCAUGAAUCGCCUUUUCGGCCAGGUAGAGGAGCUUUAUGAGGCCGGCGCCCGGUCUUUCCUGUUCCUCACAGUUCCACCUACGAAUCGUGCACCGCUCCUCAUCGAGCAAGGCAAGAGUGCCACUAACAAGAUCAGCUCGGUGAUCAAGGACUACAACUCUCAGCUCGCCACGUCUGUCAAGGCUUUUCAGGCAAAACACAAGGACCUCGAUCAGAUCACCGUGUUUGACACGCAGCCCAUCUUCAACACACUGUUGGAUAACGCGAAGACCUUUGGUUUUGUGAACAUCACUGGCUAUUGCGACGCCUACCAAAACGGCACACCUGAGCCGACAACCGUGACGCCCCCCUGCGCACCCGUGUCAAGCUACUUCUGGUUGAACACUCUGCACCCUCUCUUCACUGUGCACAACAUCCUCGCACAUGCUAUCUCUACGACGUUAAGUGGAUGGUGA